AUGGCUAUCAAAUCUCACAGUGCAACGACCCACUGGGCAGUCAUAGUUGGCAUCGAUUACUAUCCCGAACCCAAACAUAAAUGUCUCAAAGGCUGUGUUCGAGAUGCGACGACCGUCAAGCUCUUCCUCGAAACAGGCGAACCCAAUGCGAACAUAGCUGUCCUUACCGCAACAGCUCCCACAGAUCCCAGCUUCGGUCGUCCAUCAGAAGAACCAGAAGUAUGGCCGACAUAUGAGAACUUCAUCUCUAGCCUUCGCAGGGUAAUCGAUAUGGCAAAAAGCGGAGACUUUGUCUACAUCCACUACUCUGGACACGGCGCGCGAUUUUCCGGCCUUGCGCAAUCCGAACUUGCUUUAGUCCUGCUAUCGGAAGAUGGUAGGGGAAGCAGAUACCUUAGAGGUCAAACUCUGGCAAUGGCCCUACACAAGAUGGUUGAGGAGGGAAUUCGUGUCACACUCGUCCUUGAUUGUUGCUUUUCUGGGAGUGUGGUGCGCAACAGCGACUGGCACGGGUUUGACGUGCGAUGCAUCGAUUACAACCCUAUCUUCGAUGCUGCCAGCCUCCAAGAGCAUAGUGCGGGCUUAUUUGACGUAGCCAGCACUUUACGCGAUUCCUCGAUGGAGAAAGACUGGCUUCUCAGUCCCGAUGGCUAUGGAAUCCUCUCAGCGUGCGCUCCCCAGGAAUACGCAUAUGAAAUUGAAAUAGGGAAUGAGACACGAGGUGCUCUCACCUACUCUCUCCUCGAUGCUCUCAGCACUUUGAGGAACAGAGGCACAGAACUUACGCACCAAUCCAUACAUGAGCACCUUAGCACAAGGUUCCAUGUCUCCUGGCCGCGGCAAACUCCAAUGCGCUAUGGUAAUGAGAACUUUGCAUUUUUUGGGAACUCUCUCCUCCCACCGGAUAAUGCUUUUGUUCCGAUAUACAAGACGGAAGAUGACCAACUAUGUUUAAGAGCAGGACAUAUACACGGUGUCUGCGAAGGUGAUGAGUACGCCGUAUAUCCGUUCGAUACCCCUGAGCACGCCCAAAAUCAGGAGGAAAAGGCACUUCUGAAUGUGCGAGUCAACACUGCUCGAGUCUUCGAAUCGGAAUUGAUAGCGAUCGACCCGACAUCAGCCCUACAGUUCCAGAUGGGCUGGAAAGCAAAGCCACUUACCAGUCUUUCUCCUCGAUGUAUUCCAGUAAAACUUCCGGCGAGCAUCAGCGGCAACGGUCAAUUAGAAGAGAUAGCAAAGGGACUAAGUUUCGUGCGCCUUUUCACAGAGUACCAAACGGAGGAACCAUGCAUAUUCAACGUAAUCAUCAACGAACAUGACGAGUACGAAGUAGUCGACGCUUUACAUGACAAAGUGCCCUGUGUUCCAAACAUAUCAUGCAGCUCGGACGGAUCAACAAAAGCUCUCGUAGAGGUCCUACAACACCUUGCAACAUUCAAGUACUUUGAGGGAGUGAUGAAUCGGCUGUCCAGUUUAAGCUUUGAAGAGUCAUUCAAACUUACUCCUAAAAUUCCUGCUGGUGAAUCCGGAGCAUUCCACGUCAUGCACGACACAAAAUGGGAAUUUACAGUUGAGAAUAGCAGCAAUAAGCCGUUAUACUUGGCCAUAUUUGACUUCGCCCCCUCUUGGCGAAUCAAAAACCUCGUUUCUGGAUCAGGUGGAGGUGGUUAUAAAAUUAUACCACCAAGGAAUGAAGGAAUGGACAGUAGGCGGGUAAUAAUAGGGUUGCGGAUGAAGGUCCCUGAGUUCCUUCAGAAUUGCGGCAAAGGUCGGUGUGAAGACAUCAUCAAAGUCUUUAUCACAAGCAAGCCAACUUUUUUUCCUCUGAUGGUCUUACCCGAGAUUUCUCGCACUGCUGACAGUGUAUUUCGAGACAUUCAUAGCGGCGAUGGUCUGUCUGCUUUUCUCUCAACGUUGACCACUGGUUUCCGAGGGCAGGAUGAGGAUGCAUGGGCAACUCAGAACUUCAUAAUACGCACUGUGUUGGAGUAAACCAUGUAAAUCAGAGACCAUUUGAUUUCAUUACGUUAUACUUCAAACAAGACCAAUGCAACAUUUUCCCUGACAUCUCAGCCCUUACAACAAAAUGUUGCUCGCUCAUCAGAAAAAGUCUUCCGGCUCCAGUUCCAGCUCCGAUUCUUCGAGGACUUUUCCGUUCUUUACUGGUGUCUUAUUCGCGUCGCAGAGAAUGUAUUUCCCAUUGUUGACAGACGAUACUAGAAAUGGACCUUCUCGUGAAGGAGUAAUGAUGUAAACUCGGUCGUUUGGUCGGAACUUGGGUUGCUGGCGGUGGUUUAUACGGAUUAACGAAAUAGUCUGGUGAUUUAAACUUACGUUGCUGUAUUCCUCUACAUCAAAACGGCCACCGUCAUCGCGGAAAACUAUUUCCUGG